AUGACCGGUCCUCACCUCCUCAGACUUCGCCACAACCCUGAUAUCAAAGCGAUUGGACCCGUCAAACCUCUAAAUCCUACGUUCAUAGAACACCCUUUCGUUUACCUAUCCCGCAAGGUUUCGAGUGAGGAGCAUCUCGGAGAAGAUGGAGAUUCUGGCCCUAAAGCUGGAAAGCCAGAAGUGCAUGAAGUCCACGCCAAGGGCUUCCAUAGAUAUUUCUCGACCCGUGAUAAAAGAAAGGCUCGACAUGCUGUUAUUGUGAAUCCCGCAGUUACAGACAAGACAAAAUAUAUAGCGCCUCCCCCAACGAAUACAUUCCGUGCAACGAUGCAGGGAAUAUGGCGCAUGUGUACAAAAUAUCCUUACUGGAACGUCUCGUAUCUCGUUGCAGUUGUGUUUACUCUCGGAUCUGUAGUAUGGUGCAUUAAUGCCUUCUUCGGAUGGCUUCCCCUAGUAAGGCCAUCUACGGAGUUUCCGGGUGAGACAAACUAUGGUACCGGUAUCACCGCUUUUAUCGGGGCAACUAUUUUCGAAUUUGGAUCGUUUCUGUUGAUGAUCGAGGCAGUCAACGAGGAUGAGGCUGAUUGCUUUGGAUGGGCCCUGGAAGAGGUCAUUGAUGAAUCCGGAUUGUUCCGAGUCAGGGCGCAUGACUGCAGCCGUCGUGAUGAGGAAAUGACAAGGUUUCCAAAGAAACAAUUCCCUUCAAAAGAUGACCCCGUUAAAGGCAUGGAAGGAAGUGAGAAACGGCCCACUCGUAAAUGGGUAUGGUUACCUACUUGGCAUGAACUACGGACGCACUACUUCAGAGAAAUUGGCUUCCUUGCUAGCCUCUCUCAAACGAUAGGUGCAACUAUCUUCUGGAUUGCAGGUUUCACAGCUUUACCUCCUCUCAGCAAACAUUUUUCGACAGCCGCUGAGAAUGGAGCUUUUUGGCUCCCACAAGUCAUCGGAGGGGUAGGAUUCAUCAUAUCAGGCGCACUCUUCACAAUUGAAACUCAAAAGAAAUGGUACAUUCCAGCCCCGCGGGUCUUAGGUUGGCAUGUUGGAUUUUGGAACUUUAUAGGGGGAAUCGGAUUUACGCUUUGCGGCGCUCUUGGAUUCGCGACCCAACAUAGUGGCGUUGAGUAUCAAUCAUCGUUAGCUACCUUCUGGGGAUCCUGGGCUUUCUUGAUCGGUAGUGUGAUCCAGUGGUAUGAAUGCUUGGAUACUCAUCCGGUUAAGGAAGAGAAAGUGAAGGAGAGCUAG